AUGGAGAGCCUGGCGCAGCCCCCGCCGCCCCCGGGCUCGCUGCAGACGGGCGGCGGGGGCGCUGCCGGCCGGCUCCGCCUGGGAGAGGCGGCGGCGGGCGGCGAGGGCGGCUGCGGGGAGGCCGAGGAGGGCGGCGGGCGGCGCAGCCCUUCCCCUCCGCCGGCCCCCGCUCCCGCCGCGGCCGCUCACACCGCGUCCCCCGCCCGGGCCGCGGAGGGCGGCGCGGGGCUGGCGGUGCCCGAGAGCCCCGGGACUGCGCCCGGCUCGGAGAGCGGUCCCGCGGGAGCCGGCUCCGGGAGCAGCGGCGCUCCCAGCCCGCCGGGGGAGGAGUCCCGCAGCCUGGACUCGCUGGAGUCCUUCUCCAACCUGCACUCCUGCUGCCCGAGCAGCUCCGAGCUCAACAGCGACGCCGACGAGGCGGUGGUGGCCGGGGCCUCCUCGGGGGGCCCGGCGGCGGAGCCCGAAGGGGACAGGCCGGCGGCGGGCUCGCAGCUCCUGUCCGCCUCCAAGGAGCGCUUCCCGGGGCAGUCGGUCUAUCACAUCAAGUGGGUGCGCUGGAAGGAGGAGAACACGCCCGUCAUCACCCAGAAUGAGAACGGCCCCUGCCCGUUGCUGGCCAUCAUGAACGUGCUGCUCCUGGCCUGGAAGAUUAAGCUGCCACCAAUGAUGGAAAUCAUAACGGCUGAACAGCUGAUGGAAUACUUAGGAGACUAUAUUCUUGACGCAAAACCUAAAGAGAUAUCUGAAAUUCAGAGACUUAACUAUGAGCAGAACAUGAGUGAUGCCAUGGCAAUUCUCCAUAAGCUGCAGACGGGUCUGGAUGUCAAUGUGAAGUUUACAGGUGUUCGAGUGUUCGAAUACACACCUGAAUGCAUCGUGUUUGAUCUUCUUGAUAUCCCCUUGUACCACGGGUGGUUAGUGGAUCCUCAGGUUGCUGACAUAGUAAAAGCAGUUGGUAACUGCAGUUACAAUCAGCUGGUGGAGAAGAUCAUUUCUUGUAAACAGUCAGACAACAGUGAACUGGUUAGUGAAGGGUUUGUUGCUGAGCAAUUCCUAAAUAACACAGCUACACAACUGACAUACCAUGGACUGUGUGAGUUGACUUCAGCUGUCCAGGAGGGAGAGCUUUGUGUGUUCUUCAGGAACAACCAUUUUAGCACCAUGACCAAAUACAAGGGUCAGCUUUACCUGCUGGUGACAGACCAGGGCUUUCUUACAGAAGAGAAGGUUGUCUGGGAGAGCUUACACAACGUGGAUGGGGACGGGAAUUUCUGUGACUCCGAAUUCCACCUACGGCCUCCAUCAGACCCUGAGACAGUCUACAGAGGGCAGCAGGAUCAAAUAGAUCAGGAUUAUCUGAUGGCAUUGUCUCUACAACAAGAGCAGCAAAGUCAAGAGAUUAACUGGGAACAGAUCCCAGAAGGAAUCAGUGACCUAGAGCUAGCCAAGAAGCUCCAGGAAGAGGAGGACAGGAGAGCUUCUCAGUACUAUCAGGAGCAAGAACAAGCAGCUGCUCAGGUCCAGCAGGUGCAAGGUGCUGCUUCUCCAGCCAGCGCGAGACAAUCCGGGAGUAACGAACGCAAACGGAAAGAGCCUCGGGAGAAGGAGAAGGAAAAAGAGAAGAAUAGCUGUGUUCUCUUGUAACAGAACAUGGAUUCACUCUGGAGCCAAGUGCAUGUCCUCAGAAGCAAAAACAAGGAGUACAAAGGAAGACAAACCUGUUACACGCCGCCUGUGCCUGAUUACCCCAUGGAUUUUGUUCCUGUUCCAAGAGGAUGGAUGACUUUGUUACAAUCACACAGACUUCCUUCAAAGUCAGAGUGCGAGCUGCCCACGAGGGAAUUCCAAACCACAGUUGGACGCGGCUGUGCUUUGAGUUAGUCACAAAAAUACUGCACCUUGUAGCUGAACACACAAAUCAUGGCAAGUCCUGUGUCCCAGUGACAUCCAUUACCUGUCCAUCAGUCAGUAAGCUAUCUUCUCUUCUACUCUAAACAAGGGAGGUCAUUCAUUUUGGGCAAGGCUUUUCCCUGAAGUCUGUACCCGAGCACAACAGAGUUCUGUGUUACUUACCUGCUAUGAAGCUAUAUCUUAGGCUGGGUAUAGUCUUCAUGACACAAGAGCCCAAGUGACAGCUGGGCACUGCCUUCUCAGUGUGUCCAGAUUUCUUUGCUUCUGGAUCUGGUAUGUUCUUUUUCUGAACCCAGAUUUAUACUGUGUUACUGCUCUCACUGCAUCUCCUGGCCAGCUUUCUUGCCCCGAGAGUAUGUGACUUGAUAGGCAUCACACAAAAAUUGUCAUACAAAAAUGGGGCAUUUAGUAAUAAGCAAGAUGAAUAUUGUUUGCUUUUCUUGCAAUUACAAACUGGGUAUGGCAACUCAGAUGUUAUCAGGGUUAAACAAGUAAUUUUAUAGGUAACUUCUUUUUCUUAUUAUUUUUUCUCUUGUAGGUAAACUGGACCAGAUAAGCUUUUAUUUAUUGACCUCUCCGUAUGAUAGAUGAAUGAUGAGAGGAAACUAAGGUCUAUAAUAAUCCUUAUAUUCUAUAUAAGAAUGCAGAGUUAAAAUAACUAACUAUCUGCCUUUUUUCCAGAAGUACCUUGAACUUUAACAUGACGUUAACGUGUCCACUUGUGUAUUUAAGCAAGUGUACUGUAGUUAAAAACACACUUUAUUUGUUUGUUUUAUAAAUCGUGUAUUCUUAAAAUAAGCACACUUCUGAAGGGUGAGAGAGCAGUGAAGCUGCUCUCUAAGAUGGGUUGGAAGCUGGUCAGGUGUAAUAUUUUGUUUUUUAAAUCACUAAUUUAGAAUUUUUGGAAACCAGAUUUUUUCUAAUUUAUGGGAACCAAAUAAACAUGUUGUGUCUUGUAGUAUUUAUAGAAUGCAGAAACCGAACACUUGAUGAAUUUUGAGGGAACCACAAAUCUUCCUCCACUUCCAUGAAAUCAGUAACAAUUACCUUCUUGCUGAACCUUUUGAUAAAAAUUUCUAUUUAGCAAUAUGUAGAUACUUUUGAAAAAGGCUGCUUCUCCUGGGCUCUCAGCCUUAGCACUCAUACACAGUAACCUGGGACAGCUAAGGCAGCCAGGUGGAAUGUGACAUUCCUGGUUUCAGGAGUUUGGAGGGUGUCUGUUGGAAGAGGGUGUCUAAUGCAAGUCCAUCAGUAAAAAGCUGUUUUAAAUUAUUUCGAGCAGACUUUGCUGCAGUGAUGGCAACCAGUCAUCACACAAAUCUGUCAUCUACCUAGAAUGAAAAUUAGAUAAAGGAAGAAUGUCUUACUAACUAAAGGGCCAAUUUUUAUCACUUUUCUUCCAUGCCUUUUCCUCUUUUGUUUGUUUUGGGGGUUUUUUUCACUUUUGUUACAAUUUCCCUUUUAUAAUGAUGAAGUAAUGAACAGUAGGAGGUCUCUAAUGCAAACUGUACAUUUUAAAAUGUCUCUUCUCUAGAAAAGUCACACCCAGAAAAGUAAUUUUAAUACUUAAUGUGUGCAGUUCAGACCAUUUUCUAUGUCAAAGCAAAGGUGGAUGUCUUUUUUCCUUUGCAGCAGCCUAACUUCUUCAAACAAAUUAAUGUGAUGGAGGAUCACCAACAUAAUGACUUAGCUAUUUUAAGCAGUUCAGAAACUAUUCCAAUAGUGUCAAUAACAGAGACUUUAAAGCCAGAAUGUUGUUUAAAAACAUUCUGUUACUAAGAUUUUUCCCAAUUUGUGUAUUUACAUUUAUUUAUUGACCUUGAGAAAUAAAUAUGUCAAGCUAAGUGUUUGUUAUUAUUUUCAGUGACAGUAUUGCCAGGUUAAACUCCUUUUGGAACAAAUCUAGCUGUUGUGGUUAUGGAAUAUAUCUCUUUGCCUAAGAUACUUGCUCAUAUUAGAAGAAUUCAUGUAACAUUUCCACUCUCAGACAGAUGUGCCUGAAACCCAAUAUACUGCAGUUACAGGAAUUAUUGCCAUUUGGUCACAGAGGAGGAACAGUUAAAUGCAAUGCUCAUCAUGAAGCUGGGACUCCCAGAUAAUUCAAUUUCUCUUUCAAUAAAGGAGAAAAGGGUUUCAGGGUAUCUGAGAUGGCAGGCAUGCUAUGGAAACAGUCCUCUGUUAAUAUCCUUUUCCUUUACAGGUCUUGAAGCUUUGGAAAAAAAGAAUUCCUGAAAUCUAGGGCAUUGUUCUGCACAAGUUGAACAUUUUAGUAGCAAAACUUACAAGCAGAUGAGCUUCCUAAUAUCCAAAAUGAAAGACAGCUGGAAGCUUAAUUUAUGCCCUGCUGAGACUAACCAUUCCAAAAGCAAAUGUCACACAGUAUCUGAGGAUCAACAAAACUGAACAGAAUUGCUUUUACUUGUAUAACAGUGAGCUUGGAAAACAAUAUUGCACAAUAAUAGUCAUGGAGUACCA